AUGACCGAAUUAACCAUGCUUUAUCCAUCCAUCGUUACAACACCGUCUGCAUCAACCAUACCGGUCAAUAUAUCAGCUGCAGCUGCAGCAGCAGCAGCAGCAGCAGGAAUUGCUACAACUCAUAAAUUACACAAUCAUCAACGAGAUGAUGAAUUAUUGGAUGAUGAUGAUGAUCUUGGAUCGGUAUCCUCAGAUGGCGGUCGUUCUUCAGCUACCAGUCAUGCGGUAGGUCUUAGCUCUGGUAAAAUGUCAAUUGAAUCACAUGUGAAGCGGCCGAUGAAUGCUUUCAUGGUUUGGUCCAGAGGACAACGACGAAAAAUGGCGCAAGAUAAUCCAAAAAUGCAUAAUAGCGAAAUUAGCAAACGUUUGGGUGCGGAAUGGAAGCAACUUUGUGAUGCGGAAAAAAGGCCAUUUAUAGAUGAGGCGAAACGUUUACGAGCGUUACACAUGAAAGAGCAUCCGGAUUACAAGUAUCGGCCACGACGGAAACCUAAAAGUGUAACAAAAACAAAGGAAAAAUACCGGUUCACAUUGCCAUUUACCGCUUUUCCGACAACAAAUUUGCUAAACCAACAAACAGUAUCACGGGCAACACCAUUUUAUCCAUCAAUGAAUCCUCUUGAUAUGGCAGCUAAAAUUGCCGCUGAUAGUGCGGCAUUAUCAAAAGCUGCCGAAUUCCCCUACUAUCCACCAUUUUUUCAUCCCACCGCACCGGUCAAUACAACAACAGCUGGCUUAAUGCCAGCUUAUAAUCCGUAUGAUUUGCAACGAAAUGUAUUAGCCGCAUAUGCAAUGAAAACAAAUGUUAUGGCGCAUGCAGCUGCAGCUGCAGUUGCGGUACAGUCACCUGCAACAAAUACCAGUAGUAGCAACAACGAUGCACGUUGUAACACAGCUUUAUCACAAGCUGCAUCAGCCGUAUAA